AUGCUUGGGCUCUGGGAUGGCGGGUUCAUCCGCUCCCGGCUGCUGGCCCUCGUGCUGACGGGAAUCCUGCUCAGUCGCUUCUUCCCCGCCGUGGAUGCAUUGAGAACCGCAGAGGGCUCGCCGUGUGCGGAUGUCUGCCAUAAAUCGUCGUCAAAUACCACCUCGUCCGAGAUUGCGUGUCUGGAUGCAUCCUACAACGCAACAAAAGGAAGGACCUUUGAGAAAUGUGUCGAUUGCCAGUUGCGCAGUACCUACGACAACCCAUCUACCGGGGAAUCGGAUGUCAAUUGGGGUCUAUAUAACCUGCGCUAUGCCUUCUCGACCUGUGUCUAUGGAUUCCCCCACUCGGUUUCGAACGUCUCGUCGCCAUGCCCUGUGGCGUGUGAUGGCAUCCGCCCGGCAAUCGAGUUCGACCUGACGAACCCCAGUUCAUUUAAUUUCGACGCCUGGUGCUCGACGUCGUCAUUUGCCGAUAACAUUGUCAACACGUGCGAGUUCUGCUAUAACCUCACCACGACCCAGGUUUACCUGGCCAACUUCCUCGAAUCUAUUCGGUACAACUGCCACUUCCGCACCACCAGCGGAAAAGCAUUCGACAUCGCGCCCUCUCGGAUCUUCACACAAGUCCUCCUCCCAUCCAGCAUGUCCCUAACAACAUCCACGCCAGGCGGAUCCAACGUAAACCUCCCCCUGGUAAUCGCACUGCCCAUCCUAGGCUUCAUUAUUAUCCUCUGCGCCCUUACAAUCUGCUGCUUCUUCUUCAUCCGCCACCGCCGCAAGCGCAUGCGCCGAAACCGUCACCACAACCACCUGUACAACCGCUGGAACGACACCACCAUCAGCACCCCCAAACAGGGAAACAGUGGCUGGCCCGAGCAGCAGUACCCCUUCGCCAGCGGAGGGUACGGACCUGGGUUCAGCGACUCGGUCGACACCCCAAUCCACGCACCGGGCCCCUGGGCCGAGCAGCAGAUGCAUGCGCCCGGUGGGUAUGGGAAUGGACUCGGGUUUAUGGAUAAUGAUGGCCGGACCCAGCAGCUCGAGUAUGGAUACUAUCAGUCAGGUCUUGCGCAUGGCAGGGCGGAGUCGCCUGCUGUGCAUCCACAGGCUGUGCCGUUGACUGGACCACAUGCGGUCGAGCCGGAAAAGCAUCAAAAUCCACAAUGA